CCUCUCUCUCCUCUCUCUCUCCUCGCGAUCGUCUUCAUAAUCAACUUCAUCUUCAUCUUCUCUCUCUCUACCAAACUUUGAAGAAGAAGAAAAAGCGGAUAUUCUCUCAUAUAUGAAUGAAUAGAGCGUGUUAAGCGUGGAGAAAGAGAAAUAGAAAGAAUGUUUUCCGUGCUUCGAUUGGUUUACUAACCUGCUAUAUAUGAUCUGUCAAAAGAUACUCUCAUCAUAGUCAUAGUAGUAGUAGUUGAAGCAGGUGAAUCGAUAUAAGAAGGAAGGAAGGAAGGAAGUACUACUACUUGAGGUAAUUUUGUAAGUAAUUUGCAGAGUUUCUAGAUAUAUGGAGGUUGCUUGCGGCGUCGGAAUAAAGAAGAAGAAGAGACGAACACGAGGUGAGUCGACUCAUGAAACAAGCUCGGAAACGGUUAAGAGGAACAAACUCAUGACAAACGAUGGAGGACGUGAAUUGACUCCAUCAUCUCCACCUCCUCCUCCAACGUCUAUAAUUCAGCUUAGAAGAUCAACCGGAGGAAGAGGAGGAGAUAUCAUGACUACUAGGUCGGAGAAUUCAACUUCUCCUUGUUUAGACGAACCGCCAACGGUUUCUCAUAAUACCUCAGAUCAUGUCGUAGCAAUUUCCUGUUGUUCUAGCAAUUCAUCGACUGAAUUCGGCAAUGACGGUUUACAGAAUUUAGAUCUACAUCAGUUUAAGAGUGAUGAUGAAACCGUACAUAUCCAAAUCUCAACUUCCGAGUUCAACUGUUGUAGAGAGAAGAGCAUCAGCGAGGUAGAAGAAGUUGAAUCAGCUUCUCAAGAUGAUUCAACAAAGAAACCAUCAGAAAUCGAGCUUGAAGAAUUCUUCUCAUCAGCAGAGAAGAGAAUCCAAGAACAAUUUAUCCAGAAGUACAAUUAUGACAUUGCAAAGGAUUCACCAUUGAAAGGGCGUUACGAAUGGAUUCAAAUGAAGCCAUGAAUUCUGUAGGUUAUUUGUUAUCUGGCUAACUCUCUCUCUAUCAUUACAGAGAAGCUUCUGUCAAAAUUUAACAGUUGCAAUAAAAUUCUAGCUGCCUUCUUCUUCUUCUUUCUAAUCUUAGCUCUGAAAUUCAUGUCAGUUUCUUAUCUCUUUCUCUCUCACACACGUACAUGCACAUAGUAUGAUUGCUUUAUGACAUCAGCUAUUUUAUUCUUUAUCAUUCAGGAAUUUAUUCUCUUUUUUUUAUGGACCAUUAUUAUUAUUUUUAUUUUUAUUUUUAUUUCUAUGUAGAAAGCGCCUUUUGUUUAUUAGUUAAAGUCUUUUUUGAAUUUUUUUAAUAAAGGAGUUAUUCUUUUGUCU